GUUCAGUCGAAUUUUGCACUCGGAGUUGAAGCAUUUGAAAAAAUGGUGCUUAAAAUAAUUACCAUAAUUUUCGUUUUGAAUUUAUUCAGUUCGAUAGCAAAAAGUGUUCAAAAUACGCAGUUCAAUGAGACUAAGGAAAUUAUAGAACUGAACGAAAAGUUUGAGAUAUUAAGAUUGGAGAAUGCAAGUUUGUGGAAUAGGAUUGAUGAACUCACUAAAAAACUUCAUCAAUCCGAUGAUGGAACAUUAUACGCACGCUGUGCUGAAGCAACUACUGAUCAAAAAACAGAGAUCAAUAAAAUUAAUGGAUUUAUUGAACUAAAGGCAAAAUUUAAGAUUGGAGAUUACAAAAUAGUGAUAGAUGAGCACGAAAAAGAGAGAAAGGUGCUUGAUGGUGGAAGAUUAUAUCCACGCAACUGUGCUGAGGCAACUGCUGCCUUUAAACACAGCGGAAUCUUUGAGUUAAAGAUCCCAACCUAUGGCAAACUUCCCUUUAAAGUAGCCUGCGAUGUGGAGACUAGAGGCGGGAAUUGGACGAUCAUUUUACGGCGAAUGGAUGGAACUGUGAAUUUCACACGCAAUUGGAUAGAAUACAAGAAGGGUUUCGGAGAUGUGAGCGGAGAGUUCUUUCUGGGUCUAGAUAAUAUCCAUGCCAUGACUACAGAUCAGAGGCAGGAGCUAAUGGUAAUCGUCGAGGACUUUAAGGGAGAUGUCCGCUAUGAGUUAUAUUCAGAGUUUGCAAUUGGUAGCGAGUUGGAUGCAUAUAACUUGCAUACCCUGGGAGAAGCAACUGGAACUGCUGGAGAUUCUCUUAGACAACAUCACAAUCAUAAAUUUAGUACUUUCGAUCGGGAUAAUGAUGACGACUCAAGGAAUUGUGCCCAAUUAUUUACAGGAGCUUGGUGGCACGUAGGAUGUCAUCAUAGUCAAUUGACGGGUACAUAUAAUAAUACGAGAGGCGGCAUGGGCGUGAAUUGGAUUCAUUUCCGUGGUCAUGUCUAUUCGUUAAAGCGUGCUCUGAUGAUGAUAAGACCCAAAGAGUAACUCGGUAAACACAUUUUGUUUAAAGUACUACAAAAUAUACUGACAACUAAAUAUAUAUUUUAUACUAAAUAUAUCCAUAAUGCAUAUUUUCAAUGUAUUCAGUUUAAAGAAAAUAAAAACAUAAUCUGAGCUUCUAAGGCCUAAAAAGUAAUUCUCUGAAAUGCGGAAGUUAAUGAAUACUGAUAACUAAACACAUAUUUUAUACUAUAUAGACACAUUAUACAUAUUAUAAUAAAGUUUGCUCGCCAAAUUCAAAAAAGUUUU